AUCCCCUUCACUAUAUUAUAUUAAAAAUGAAAGUACCAGCUUACCAAAAGGCAGUUGUUUUCGAACAAAAUGGUGGUCCUUUAAUCUAUAAAGAUAUUCCGGUUCCAACCCCAAAAUCAAACGAAUUAUUAGUCAAUAUUAAAUAUUCUGGGGUUUGCCAUUCUGAUUUACACGCUUGGAAAGGAGAUUGGCCAAUGGCCACCAAAGUCCCCUUGGUUGGUGGCCACGAAGGUGCUGGAAUCGUGGUGGGAAUGGGGGAUCAAGUUAAAAAUUGGCAAAUCGGUGAUCAUGUGGGGGUUAAAUGGAUUAAUAGUACUUGUCAAACUUGUGAAUAUUGUACUAAUUGUUUAGAACCAAAUUGUGAACUGGUGGAAUUGAGUGGUUAUACUCAUGAUGGUUCUUUCCAACAAUAUGCUACCAUUAGUUCAACCCAUGCUUCAAAAUUCCCAAAAUCCGCCGAUUUGGCCCAAUGCGCUCCAGUUUUAUGUGCUGGUCUAACCGUUUAUAAAGCUUUAAAACGUAACAAUUUAAAACCAGGCGAUUGGAUUGCUAUUUCUGGUGCCGCUGGUGGGUUGGGCUCAAUGGCUAUCCAAUAUGCAAUUGCAAUGGGUUAUAGAGUCUUAGCAAUCGAUUCUGGGGCUGAUAAAAAAAUUUUUUGUGAAAAAUUGGGUGCUGAAGUUUUCGUGGAUUUUGCUUCUUCUAAAAAUUUUAUUCAAGAAGUGAAAUCACUCACCAAUGGUGGCCCCCAUGGUGUCCUCAAUGUUUCGGUAUCGGAAAAGGCAAUCAGCCAAUCAGUUCAGUACGUGAGAACUGCUGGGACCGUCGUAUUGGCUGGGUUGCCUCCUAAUUCUCAUGUUCAUACCCCAGUUUUCGAAGCGGUUAUGAAAAAUGUUAAAAUCAUUGCUUCUUAUUUCGGUAACAUGUCUGAUAUGAAUGAAGCCGUUGAUUUUUUCGCAAGAGGUUUAAUUAAAUGUCCAAUCAAAAUCGUUGGACUUUCCGAACUAUCAAAAGUUUAUGAAAUGUUCCAAAACGGUAAAGUAAUGGGUAGAUAUGUAUUGGAUACUUCAAGAUAAUUUAUAUAAAGUUAAUCUUCUUUUCCUUUCUAUUUACUUCAUCUCUUUUCUUUUAUUCACUCGAUCUCUUCUCUUUCUAUUGACUUGAUCUCUUUUUCUCUUCAACAAGAGCAUUCAUCACUUGAGUAAUUUUGGAAUAUAAAGCGUUGUUUUUUAUCAUUAAACUCCAUUGAGCUAAAUUGGGAUACUGCUUCGUUAAGCUCCGAUCAUCGUAAAUUAAUUUAUGUAUCUGGUAUUCGUUAUCAAAAACAUUUUCCAUAACUGGGAAACUUAGUAUUAUAUCUGCCGC